ACCUGAAGUUUUAUAUCUCAUUCAAAAUGACUCUAUAACGAAUUCUUUUCCUAAUUUAGCGUUUCUUUUAAAGCCAGUGAAUUUCAGCAUAUUAUGGUUACAACAGAACACAGCUUGAUUUUAACACCCACGUUGAUGGCAGCUUAAGAUUCCUUGCUGAGAAGAGAUAAAAGGGCAAGAAAGUGUGGCAGUGACCAGAAAACAGCAGCUUACUUUUUCACAGUCAAACAAAAAAUUAAAUUUGUUCACUUCAACUAAAAUAUCCUGCAAAAACUGGAUCAAAUCCAUAGCUCCAAUGUUCAAUAACCACAGUUUGAUGUUUCUGGUUCUGCAUUUCAUCGUCAUUUGCAUUGCAGCAGAUGAAUUUCAUCCUCCUGAAACUCUUUCAAUCAGUUUUGCAAGCCGAUUUCAUAAAACCAAUUGGAGAUCCAGAGCAUUAUCUCAUGGUGAUGCUGUAACUGUCUUUAAUGUAGAAAUGUAUGGCGCAGUGGGUGAUGGCAUUUAUGACAAUACACAGGCAUUUGAAAGAGCAUGGAAUGCAGCCUGUGUGGCACCAAAGGCAGUUUUGCUGGUGCCCAGAAAAAAGAUAUUUCUGGUUAAUAAUCUAGUUUUCCAGGGACCAUGUUCACCUGGCUUCGCUUUUCAGGUGGAAGGAACUAUAGCUGCCCCUAAAGAUCCAGCAAAAUGGAAUAAAAAAGAUAUAUGGUUGACAUUUCAGCAACUUCAGAGCUUUCAGAUAAAUGGUUCUGGCACCAUUAAUGCAGAUGGAAGUGCUUGGUGGGAGGGUUGCAGGGAGGAAAUACAUACAGAUUUUGUUUCUUGUAAAUUUUCUCAGAGACCAGUGGCCGUCCAUUUUGGUAAUUGCAGCAGGGUAACUGUCACCGGAUUGACAAUAACAAAUAGUCCAAACUUCCAUUUAACUUUCAAUGAUUGCGAAGCUGUGAAAAUCCGGGCCCUCAUAAUUUUCUCACCGGAAUACAGUCCCAACACUGAUGGAAUUGAUAUCGGAACUUCUAAACACUUUGAUGUACGCCACUGCAUUGUCAGCACAGGUGAUGAUUGCAUGGCUCUUGGCAAUGGGUCUUCACAUAUUUUGAUCAAGAACCUCACAUGCGGUCCAGGUCAUGGAAUCAGCAUUGGAAGCCUGGGGAAAUUUAACUCAUCAGCCAUGGUGUCCACAAUUCACAUAGAUGGUGCCAGGAUGACAGGAACCCAAAAUGGGGUGAGAAUCAAAACAUGGCAGGGUGGUUCAGGGAUGGUAAAGGAUAUACAAUUCAAAAAUGUUGAAAUGAUAAAUGUGAACAAUCCAAUUAUAAUUGAUCAAUACUACUGCGCAGAUACACCCAAUCUUUGUCGAAACCAGACCUCUGCUGUUCAAAUAAAUGGGGUAACGUUCAUAAAUAUUACUGGCACAUCAGCAUCACAAGUAGCAGUGAAAUUUGCAUGUAGUGACACCAUAGCUUGUGGAGGUAUAUUGAUGAAAGAUAUAUCUUUGAAGUUGAGUUCAGGAGGCCAAGCUUCAUCUUUUUGUGAAAAUGCACACGGAAUAACAAGAGGAGACAUCUUCCCUCCAAGCUGCCUCAAAAAUUAAAAUUGAUUUUCUUCCCUGAUAUUUAUUUAUUUUUCUGAGCUUCCAUUAUGAUCUUUUCUACAUGACAAACUCUAAUUGGAAUUGUGAAUGACGAGUUGGAGACAACGAGAGUACAGGUCUUAGAAUCAUGGGAAAACUGAAAAAAUUCUUAAAUGUUGCAAAACAUUCUCUUUUCUGUAUCAUAUUUUUAAAUGAGGAUAAAGAGAUCAGAAGCUUCUUUUUGGCUUUGCAACUUUUUGAGUGCAGUUGUAGAACUUUCUUGCAU